GCGGAGAUGCGGGAGGAUUAGCGCUUCUGUGUACUUACAUCGGGCUGGCAGAAGAAGGAUUAGUCAAGGGCACCCGAAGAUCUGCUUUUCAACGCUGCAUUACAGUUUGGGGUUGUCUUUCAUGGGAUUUGCCAGGGACUUUCUCUCUUCCAGAAUCGGAGUUUGGAAUAUUGUUUGAAAAGAUCUAGGGAUUGGAGACUUUGAAGUGUGACAGGCUACAAUCAAGAAGAUGCUUGUGAAUGGUUGACCAGAUGAUCUGGUCCUCUGACACCUCCUCAGUGCAGAGAACUAUGGCAUCAUGCCUAGCGGUGAUUGCGGAAGAAAGCAUAUUUGAGACAGGAAAAGUUCUAAGAUGAUGAGACGAACCAAUGGGAGGAACUAGCAAGAAGCCAAGGGGUGGCUUCAAAGCUGUUCUAAAGGUGUGAACGGCUCAGAUUCCCAGGAAGGGUAUGGCCAGAUCCUUUUUCAGACCACAGAAGUUUCUUCGGAGGACCCAGUUUCUGCUCUUUUUCCUCACAGCAGCUUAUCUGAUGGCAGGCAGCAUUCUCCUCCUACAACGAUCCCGCUUCGUUCUACAGCAAGGCUCCCGGGGGACCUCCAGGAAUCAAGGCCUACCAGUCGCUGAAGCUUUGCUAAGGGACACAAAUGCAGAUAGCAGACCAGUGCAGAUGCCUCACUCGACUUCUAAGCUUCUCAUGAACAUGGAUACAGUCUAUGGAUCCACACCAGACCAGAAAGAUGGACCGCGGUGGCUGAUCUCCAGAAACUCUGAACUGAGACAAUUACGGAGGCGCUGGUUUCUCCGGUUUGUAAAUGAUCAAGAGCCGGUCCUGGCUUCUGGAGCAAAAACACUGAAGCACACCUCCAAAAGCAAAGGCACUUAUAUUGGAUGUUUUGGCGACGACUCAAGAAAAAGGACGCUGAAAGGAGCUGUGUUCUAUGACUUGAGAAAAAUGACCAUUUCCCAUUGCCAAGAAGCCUGCGCUGAGAGGGCUUAUAAAUAUGCUGGCUUGGAAUAUGGAGCAGAAUGCUAUUGUGGAAACAAGCUGCCGGUCAAUAUUGCAAAGCAGGAAGAGUGCAACAAUGAGUGUAAAGGGGAGAAAGGGACCAUCUGUGGAGGCAUCAACAGGCUUUCUGUUUACCAGGUGGAGGAAUCCCAGGCAGGGCCUAAACGACGGCAAAAUAUUAUCUAUCGAGGAUGUUUUAAAAUACCAGAAAAUUUAACAAACAUCUUACCAGCCUCAUUGAUACAUUCCAAUUUGACAGUGGAGAUGUGCUCUGAAUUUUGCUCCCAAAAAGAAUUCCCUUUGGCAGUCAUUAGAAGACCCCAAUGCCACUGUGGCUUUGCAACAAUUAAUUUCCCACUGCAUAAUAGCUCCGACAGAUCAUUUUGCAGCAGGCUUGAAAAUGUCAGCGGUACAGCUGAAGUUUCAAAUGCAGAAGACCAUCGCUUUGUUUAUCAAACUCCAGUCCAAGAUACCCGUUGUAUUGACCGGAAUUUUCUCCCCACCAAAUCGAAAGCCCUUGUUGCUUUGUCGAGCUUCCCAGGAGCUGGAAAUACGUGGGUUCGCCAUUUAAUAGAGCAUGCCACAGGAUCCUAUACAGGGAGCUAUUACUUUGAUGGAACUCUAUAUAAUAAAGGUUUCAAAGGAGAAAAGGAUCAUUGGAGAAGCAGAAGAACCAUUUGUGUCAAAACACAUGAGAGUGGCAGAAAGGAAAUUGAAAUGUUUGACUCAGCCAUCUUAUUGAUACGCAACCCGUACAAAUCGCUGGUGGCAGAAUUCAACCGGAAGUGUGCUGGCCAUCUUGGAUAUGCCACAGAUCAAAACUGGAAAAGUAAAGAAUGGCCUGAUUUUGUAAACAGCUAUGCUUCAUGGUGGGCCUCUCAUGUGCUUGACUGGCUUAAAUAUGGCAAACGUCUCCUUGUUGUUCAUUAUGAAGACUUAGAAGAAGCUCUUCUCCCCAAACUGAAGGAAAUGGUUGAAUUUCUGAACAUUACAGUGACUUACGACCGGCUCCUCUGUGUGGAAAACAACCGAGAUGGGAAUUUCAAGCGAUCGGGAGCCAAGCAGAAGAGUUUUGAACCAUUCACAAAGGAAAUGAAAGACUUGAUAGAUCAAUUUAUUGUGAUUGUGGACAAAGCCCUACAUGACAGUAACUUUACUGGGCUGCCAAAAAUGUAUUUGCCCAGAUGAUGCCCUGCAGCCAGCUUGGCGCAUUGUUAAGGAAAUCCGAAUAAUGAAAUUAAAGAAAAGGCCAGGCUUUUAUAGCAUUUAAAAGCAAGAUUUGCACAGAGUCUGCUGAUGAAUGCAAAUUCUCAAGACUUGGACCGUCUUCAGGGCACUAAGUGCUAUGAAAGGCAAGCAAUGAAGGAUGGAAAUUAGGUUAUAAACCAAGGCAAAAGCCAUUAGCAUCUCUGCCUGUGUGUGUCCUUUUCUCUAUAAAUGGCUACAAAUUUUAACAUUUUUGUGCACUGCUAAUUCUGGGAAAUGUGGCUGGGGGCGGGGAAGCAACAGUGUCCUUUGUCUUAUCCUAACUGCCUACUAGCAAUACUUUCUCAAGAGUAUCAAACAUUUUUAUAGAAGUUUUUGGCAAUUCAAAUGUGUAUUUUUCCCCUGAGAUUUUUGUUCAUUUGUUCCUUUGUUUUAAACUCAUCCUGAUAAAUAUUUUUAG